AUUCGUUGUCGACCAACCAACACUUUUCUUACAGUCCUCUAUCACUCACUUUGGCCCUACCAAAGAUUCAUAACAUAGAGGCAAUUUGUCUUUGGUUUCAUUCUCAUUCUCAUUUCCUUUUGCUUGUUUUUCUUCUUGUUAAAUUCCCUUGCACUGCACACGCCCAGCAGCACACCAGCAAAAUGGUCAAUCUGGAUAUUACUUCUGGGUUACUUCAGGACAAAACGUCCUGGGGACCUCGGUUUCUAUCCUUCUUCGACUUCACUCUUCUCUUUGAGCAAGUGGUUUUGACAAUUCUGCCACAGGCGCUGUUCAUUCUGUGCAUGCCACUAUAUGUGUGGGAGGUGUAUGGGAAGAAGCGAAUUGUGAGACACGGCUACUUGUUCUGGUUCAAAUUGGCAUUUGGUCUUACUCUCUUUGCCGCCAAUGUAGUCUCGGUCGCACUCUGGACUGGGCUGGCCAAUUUCCGCACUGACAUUGGUGUUGCCGCUGGUGCGGUAUCUUGUGUCGCCAGCUUCUGCGUCAUUCUGGUACUCUAUGCUGAGCACUUCUAUUUCCUUCAUCCAUCUCUCCUCCUCAACCUCUUCCUAUCCAUCACUCUGGUUUUCGAUGCUAUCAAGGCCUAUUCCCUCUUCAAUCGCAGCAUGAUCUCCGAAGCAGUACUCCAGGUAGUCAUUGUAGCAAGUAGGCUUGUGCUUAUACUUCUGGAGGAAGUCUCUAAGCGAAGCCUAUUCAUCAGCGAAGAGCUUCAGACCAAUACAGGACGAGAGGCUGUAAGUGGUUUUUGGAGCAGAGCACUCUUCACAUGGCUCAAUGCUACCUUCUGGAUAGGCGCCAAAGCCAUCUUGAGAAUCGAUGACUUGGACAAGCUUGACAAAGACCUACAAGCUGCCAACGUUGCCCAGAGAUUCCGAGAAUACUGGGGGACAUCGAAAAAGAAGUCUCACUUUCGCCUUCUUUGGGCGCUGAUGAAAACAGCCGGACCAGCCCAUAUCUGGACAGCGCUGGUGGCCACUUGGCUGAACGUUGCACUCAGCUAUACACAGCCAUUUAUCAUUGAACGGAUCAUCACCGCUAUGAAUGAGCCAGAAUUGGAUAUACCAACUGCUAAUGGGCUGCUUGGUGCCACCGUUCUCUCCUAUUUUGCGUUCGCCAUCACUCGAGCAAUCUCUCAGCAGGCCGUAGCUCGCACAACAUCUAUUAUUAGAACCUGUUCUACUACCGUCAUUUACAAGAAAAUGAUGCUGGUGGACUCCACCACUCUAGACAAGGCUGCAGCUCUCACACUGAUUACAGUAGAUCUGACUGGCAUGCAACUAAUUUUCAUGAGAAUAAAUAGUGCAAUUGGUAGCUUGGUCUCGAUUAUUGCAGGUCUUGUUUACCUCGGGUUUUACAUUGGGGGUGCUGCUGUUUUAACCUGUGUCCCUAUUCUGGUUUGUUCAAUUCUCACCUACGUCUUUGCCAGGAAGUUCAAAGCAUCUCAGAAAGAAUGGAAUGUAAAAGUGGAAGAAAGGAUCACUUCUGUCAAAGACAUGCUCAGCAAUUUUAAGAGCAUCCGCAUGAUUGGCCUACAACAUGUUGUUUCCGGUAUCAUUAAUGGUAAUCUAAUUGCCGAAGUAACAGCAUCAAAGAAGUAUCGCAAUUAUCAUGCGAUUAUGUUUACUAUUGAUCUUUUUGGAAUCGCGGCUACACCUGUCCUCAUUCUUAUCGGCGCCUACUGUUGGACGAGGACAGACGGAAUACCUACUGCUAAUGUUUACGGACUAUUGACAGUAUCAGCCUUGAUUGCGGCACCUCUCGGCAAUAUCGUCCAGACAUCAUCAUUGAUUGCACGCGCCUUGGCAUGCCAUGAUCGUAUUCAAGCGUUUCUUAUUCAACAAGAAAUGGUCGAUGUUCGUGAACUACCAAAGGUCUCUGGUAGCAGCGUGUCGAAUUCGAAUGGUCAAGGUCAAUCCGCGAAUUCCAGCAAGGCAAAUGAAGCGAGCCUGUCAGAAAAGAUUCCAAUUUCUAUCGACGAAGCCAGCACAACUGAGAAGAGCUUCACGAAGAGCGCUGUCGAAGACACUAUCGCAUCAAACAAAAGUGCUGGAUCAACAGAAAAGUCUGCUGAUGCGGCGCCUAUGAAGAACCAGCCAAAAGAUUUCUCUGCAACAAUCGAGAAUCUAGGUACAAGCCCAAUUUUUGGAGGCAAGCAGGUUCUACAAGAUGCCGAAGCGUUUUUCCCCGCGGGCGAGCUGACUAUGAUUUCGGGCGUCGUUGGCAGUGGGAAAACGACACUGCUGAAGAGUCUGCUGGGCGAAAUCCCAACUGUCGAAGGAAAGAUUAAAAUCGAUAGAACAUCGAUCGCGUAUUGUUCUCAGGUCCCUUGGUUAAGGGCCCAGUCGGUGAAAAAGAACAUCGUAGGGCCAAACCCCAUCUCUGAUACAUGGUAUGCAACGGUUACAGAGGCAUGUUGCCUCAAUGUUGAUUUUGGGGACUGGCCAAACGGUGACAGUAUGGAGGCUGGCAGCUCUGGCAGCAGUCUGAGUGGAGGGCAAAAGCAACGCAUUGCGCUAGCUCGAGCUAUUUACUCCCGCAAGCCGAUCUUGGUGCUGGACGAUGUAUUCAAUGGUCUUGAUGCUCAAACCGGAAAGACUAUUGUAAUGAAUCUGUUUGGCAAGAAUGGUCUUCUGCGUGAAUCCAGGUCUACUGUUGUUUUCGCAACAAGCCAAGUGGAGUAUAAUAUGUUCGCGGAUAGAAUCCUGCAGCUUAGCCCCAAGGGUAUUAUUAGUCGUGUGCUACAUAUACCAACGUAUCGCCACUUGCCAACACCGCAAGCAACACCAUCUUCUAGCGGUAAUGGACAAAGUUCUAUCUCGUCUGUACCAAGCAACGAUCAACAGUCGAGCAGCACGCAGGCGUCCGGUAGCACACCCGACGACCAAAAGACUGCUUCAGCGGCAGAGGAUGGCAAUAAUAUUUCUAUUGGAGACAGUACCACAUAUAUCCACUAUAUAUCUUCAUUUGGUGUGGCACGGAUAUUAACAUGGACCGGAUUGACAGCUCUUGGUGAACUGCUGUUCAAAAUGCCAAAUCUCUUUUUACGGCUGUGGUUCCAAAAUAAUCCAUCUAAUGCGCAAUUCCUAUAUGGGUACACUUCAUUUGCUGUAGGGUCUACAGUCUUUUGCGCAAUCACUAUUUGGUGGUUUCUAGCAGGGCUUAUCGGAAACUCGUACAUGAAUAUCCAUGGGAUUCUUCUAGAUACUACGAUCGGGGCUUCCACACAAUUCCUUACAAGUAUCGAUCAUGGUAAUCUUCUUAACAGAUUCAGCCAGGAUAUUGGAAUGAUUAGCCAAGAUCUUCCUUACAAUAUGCUGCUUGCGCUUAUGUAUACAUUCGCCGCUAUGGUUGAUAUUGGUAUUAUUUGUGGCAGUGCUAACUACGCAGCGUUGAUUAUCCCAGCCUUUACCUCAUUCUUAGUUCUCAUACAAAGAUUCUACCUCCGAACAUCACGACAGAUGAGGCUUCUACAACUGGCUGCGAUGGCACCAAUCUAUACUCUCUUCAGCGAGACAGCUGCGGGAAUCGAGCACAUCCGAUCUCAACAAUGGCAAGAUUUCUUCAUAGAGGAAUUCCUCGACCAACUGGAUCAUGCACAAAUCCCAUUCUAUCAAACUCUCUGUGUCCGCCAAUGGCUUUUUUUAGUCUUGGACAUGGGUGUUGUUGGACUGGCUACAGUUGUUAGUGGCAUGGCUCUCCGCCUAAGAGAGACGGCAACCUCCAACGGCAUUGGAUUGGCUUUGGUAAAUCUGAUUUCCCUGAGUCAAGGUAUUACCAUUGCAAUGAGAACUUGGGCAGAGUGUGAAACGUCAUGCGCAGCUGUUUCUCGAGUCCUUGACUUUGCAGAGUCCACCCCAAAGCAGCCACCACCGAUUGAGGGUGGUAGCGUUCUAAGUGAGAAAUGGCCUGAAGAUGGCAGAAUCGAAUUUGACAGAAUGUCGACUAGGCUCCAGCCACAAAACCGCAACUGCCCACGCCUCCUCACUGGUGUGAACUGUAUUGCCGAGCCUGGAGAGAAGAUUGGCAUUGUUGGCCGCACGGGAAGUGGAAAGUCUUCCUUGAUGAUGAUUCUGCUCAAGAUGAUGCAGUAUGAAGGUCACAUCAAAAUUGAUGACGAAGAGCUGCGAACAGUUCCCCAUGACCUACUCCGCUCACGAAUUACAACGAUCAGUCAAGAAUUUGUCAUUCUACCAGGCACAGUUCGCUAUAACUUAUCCCCGUACGCUGAUCCUCGGGCUGAACCUAUCACGGACGCAACCAUGAUCGUGAUUCUCGAGGAUAUUGGCUUAUGGGACCACAUCCUACGACGAGGAGGGUUAGAUGCUCCCUUGUCCAGCAUUAAACUAUCCGAAGGCCAGCGGCAAUUGGUGAAUAUUGCUAGAGGCAUGAUACACCACAUUCAAACCAAGUCCAAAAUAGCAUUGAUGGAUGAGGUUACCAGCCAGCUGGACCCGAGAAGCGAUGACCAGGUCCAAGCGGCCUUGAGACAUACCUUCCAUGACUGUACCACACUCAUUAUUGCCCACCGUCUUGAAACACUCCGAGACAUGGAUGUCAUCUUGGAGAUCUCGGACGGAGAAGUAGCUGUGAUCGAGGACGUUGUUGGCUACUUUGCAACCGGAAGUGUAUCGAGCUCCCGAACUGCAACCCCAGCGCCAAGUCAGCGAAGGAGAUCGGGCGACGAUGACAACCGCCCGUCUCGAGGACGACGUGCCAGCUUGUCUGACCUUGCAGACGAGUUCCCGCCCUUUAAGCCCGAUAGCCCGUCGCACAGAAGCGCAUCAACAGCGCCUUCUCCCCCCAAGUUGUCUCGUCCAGACAACUACAAACCGAGAGGCAGCCGAGCCCGCGAGACAGUGAGGCAGGGAGAGGAGCGGCCAUUGCCUCAGCUCGGCCCACCUCCAGGCGAAGACAGCGGACCUGUACUGCUACUAUCAACUGCUGUCUAUGAUCCUGAGGCCGAGGAGGAACGCACCGCUGGAGAUGCACUGCCAUUUGAUGAGAAUGGACAAUUUAUCGGAUAAGU